AUGCUCCUAGUGAACUUAUUGGCCAUCCAUAGGGAUCCGGAGAUCUGGGAUGACCCAGAAAAAUUCAAGCCAAAAAGGCACGAGGCGAGUAGAGAGGGGGAAUUCAUGCUCCCAUUUGGAGCUGGGAGGCGUAAGUGCCCUGGCGGAGGUAUUUCCACCAGGGUGCUCGGGCUGGCCCUGGGGACGAUGAUUCAUGCGUUCGAGUGGGAGAGAGUGAGCCAUGAGUUGGUGGACAUGACUCAUGGCACAAGGUUUAGUAUACCUAAGGCUAAGCCCCUUGAGGCUCUAUGCAAACCAAGGGAGGGUAUGAACCAUUAUUUUGCUUGGGUUUAA